AGAUUGUUUUGUUUUUUCACCUAAUGACCAGGUUUUUGCGAAAGUUUGAGAUGACCGGGUGAAAUUGGGAAAAUUGAUGCUGAUCUAUCUAAGAUGGACUUGGGAAUUAAGGGCUCUGAAAAGCCCCAUGGUCAAAUCUUAAGUUUGGAGUUGGUCCUCAGUCAGACGUGUUUUUAUUUUUGUAAUAAUUUGUAAGGAGAGUUUGCCGGGACCAGUAAAAGUAAUGGAGCAUUAUUUACUUGUCUUCCAGUGAAAUUCAGGCCAGCCCAGACACAAAUGCCACCCUCCCCUGCAAUGUGACUUUCGUUGUUCCUGUAGAGAACCAGUCUCUUAUAAGCGUCAGCUGGAUGAGUAAUGGCUCUGACAUCGCCUCAUUCGGAAAAGCAGGAUCUCAAAUAAAGGAAGGCUUCGGCUGGGACACCAGUGAUUUCAUCAGUGGAGAAUUUUCACUGACCAUCCUCAGGGCUAGUCUCGCCCUGCAGGGGUUGUAUGAAUGCACAGUCAGCUACAACUCCACAACACUGCACUCCAGCAGCGUUACAUUUGGUGUCCUCGCUCCCCCCACUCUCUCAAUCCCUCAGCAGUGGGUGGUGUUAGAGACAGAAAGUCAGCUCAAAUGCCAUGCAGAUGGUUUCUACCCUCCGCCUGUCUCUUUCUCCUGGACCAGAGAUGGGCGAGUGAUUCAGCCUCCCUACCAGGUUGAAGGUGAACACACUUCAGAUGGUUACUUCAUGGCUGUGGGCAACCUGACCUUCUACCCUUCCCGUGAGGACCAGAAUGUGACCUUUGGCUGCAAAGUGUCACACCGUGGCAGCUAUCAAGAGCUGGAUUUCCAACUCAAUAUCACACACCUCCCAUCUGUUAGACUCUCUGCAGUGCUGUCACACUCCAACAACAUUCCUCUCACUCUUUACUGUGACCUGGAGAGUUUCUACCCAGAGGAAGUGUCUGUGUCCUGGAUUCAAAAUGGUACAACCCUCCCUGAGCCCCCCACCAAUGAGCAAAACCCAGACGGGACCUACAGCACCAAACACUUUUAUACCUUGAGCCCGGAGCAGAGGGGACAAGGAGGGACGGUGGAGUGUGCAGUAAGCCAACCAGGGGUAGUGCACCCAGUCAGCUCCUCGGCAGACCUGGAACAACUCGACCCCCAAGAUCAGACUACCAUAUUGACGAAAUCAGCCAAAGCAUCUGUGGCUAUGAUGUGUAUUUCUAUAGUGCUGGUAUUCCUGCUCUGCUUUGGCUUUUCCUGGAGGAGAAGGGAUGAGAAACAGAAGUCUCUCAGUGUGUCAGGCAUCAUCCUCCCUCCACGAGUGAUUGUAGGUCAAAAGGGCAGGGUGACAGUGAGUAUUGAAGGCAGGAGGGUGGACCGAGUCCAGACUGCAUGGUUCCUCAAUGACAACCCCAUCUCUGACACCUCAUUCACAGGGACAUCCAAAUCUAACUUUAACUGCCUCUAUAACCCCCUAACCACCAUCCAUUUACCCUAUGGCCUAACUCUCACCUCCCCAGCAUCAGAGAAGGGUCCUCUGCUCCCUUCCAGAGGCGAGAUGGCUUACUACAAGCUGCACACCCAGGGGCCGCUGCACUCGUCUGGAAGUGGCGCUCAGCAGCUGAUCUCCGCGCUCACCUUCAUUCCCCAGAUUUCCGUUCACAAGGCGGCAGUGUUCAAGUGCCAGGUGUCCUACGUAGGCAAGGACAAGAUCGUGGUGGAGAGGGUGUCCGAGAAGUUUACGAUCCUGUCUGCUCCAGAAGUAUCAGAAAUCCAGCUGGCAGAAACACCAAAUGACUCAGAUGUCAUCAGUCUGACAGUACGGGCAACGCACUUUCAUCCAGAUGUCAUUACCUUUCGCUGGUUCUGUCAGGGGAGUGAGCUGAGCCCUGUGGCCUCCCAAGCCUCGUCCUCACCUAGACCCAAUUCUGAGGGCUUCUUUUCAGCCUACAGCCAGUGUAAGUUGCCACAGAGUGAACUGGAAAAGGGAGGCACUAAAGUGUGGGUCAGUGUCCACCACAUCGCCCUAAAGCAGCCAGUCACCCGUGAAACCAGAGGUUUCAUCAAGAGGCCCAGUGUGUCCGAAAUCUUCAGCUCCAUGUCUUCCCCAGAUCAAACUCUGACUCUGGGAUGUGAAAUCAUAAAUUUCUACCCUCCAAACAUAUCAGUCACUUGGCUGAAGCUCAGAGAGGGAGAGCGGGACGACAGAGAGGAGGAGGUGAUCGAAGGGGGAGACAUGUGGGGCCCCUUAGAGACCCAUCCCAGAAACUACAGGGCCACGGCCACUCUGAAGAGAAGGGCAGCAAAUCAGGAGAAGGAGAGAAGAGGAGGGAUUAUUUGUAGAGUGGAGCACUGUUCCCUACAUGAGCCUAUUGAGAGACACUGGAGAAAUGUUGACAUUGUUGCCCCCUCCAUCCCUCCAUUGAUCUCAGUCUGCUGGAGCAGUGAAGGGGUUGGUGUGUUCUCUCUCCUGUUGAAGGGAGGUUACCCUAAGGUGAAAUUACUCUGGGCAGCUGGAGGAGCCACUCUCUUACCAUUGGUGUCCAAUGAAACAGAGGAGUUAGGAGAUGACGGUCAGAGGGAACUGAAAAGUGUGUGUGCCCUGGAGAGGUCGACGAGCCUGCCGAGUCAGACAAACAAACAGCAGGAGAGACAGAAGACCAGACACGCAAUAAAAACAAAAGCUGCUGUUACAGACCCGAACGCUGAAGGAAUAGAAUACAUUGACGAAGGAGUGGAUGGAGAGAACAAUAACAUCAACCGGGAUGAGGAAACAAAGUCAGAGGGGGACGAUGACAGUGACACGGAAAGAGAGGACGACUCAGGCGCGCUGCACAUCAACAGAGUCAACUUGAGCAAGGGUCCCAGAGAGAAUGACAGAGCACGUAUGAGAGUGUGCGUGGAGAUCAAACACCCUGCACUCACGCUUCCUGUUUAUCGAAACUGGAAAGAGCCCAAUGAGGAAAUGUCCUCUUCUACAUGAAGCUCUGAUGUCUGAAGAGUGCCUCUCUAUUUUAUGCUGCAUACCCCAUAUGAUAUAUCUAAAAUGCUACAUCUAUCUCGUGAAUGUGAAGUUGUAGUCAUUCUUUUAGAAUAUCAACUGUCUUUGAUGUGAUCAACAAGUGUGGUUUAGCCUCAUUUUUAUUUAUUAUGAUCUGUCAUCCAUUACUUUUUUCUUUCAACUCCAUGAUUUUCACAAAUGUUCAUAUUUACUCACAAAUAAUUUUACAAUAAUAAUCAAGCAUUGUGGAUUUGUAAAAAAAAAAAUAAUGAUCUCCUUAAAAAAAUUCCACCUCAAUCUGUUUUUUCAGAGAAACAUUUCUCAGUUGCUCUGAAUCAACAGGCAAAGUUACUGUGGUUCUCUUCUGUUCAGUGUUGCCUGCAAUGCAAGGUAUCUGUUGUUGGUCAGCCACUGCUUCUGAAAUAAGUUCUCACUUCAAAAUACACUUCUGUUUUUUGUUUUGUUUUUUUCACUCUGACCACACAAAGGAAACGUCACCUCACCGGGCUGAGCAGAGGAGGUGCUGCGUGGUUGAACUAAGCAAUAUAGACGUUGUUUAGUUUGGAACUUUCCCCUGUCAGAUUAUUCAGAAAGUACAUCAACCACUCAGACCAGCUCCCUCUGGAGUCAAAACAGGUUUUAUUUAACAUGUUUUUGUUUCUGCAAAUGAAGCAGUGCUCCCCAAAACUCAUUUGAUAAAGAGUGUAGUGUAACGUCUGCCACCAAAUGUAACGUGAGGGUUCUAUGUGUGGUAGUUGGAUCACUCUAUGUACGAAUAAAACAGCAGGAUGGAGAUGGACAUCUUUCUCAAGCAGUUCUUUACUGUUCUCCACUCAGCAGUCCCACAACAACAACCUUCUUCCUGGUUACACCUGAUCACGUGUCUGAACUAACCAAUCAGAAGCUAGAAGGCCUCAGACUGAGGUAAACGUGUGCAUGAAGCACAGAGGCAGAUUCAGCAAAUCAUUUUAUCCACUUUAAGAUGCUGAUGUCAAUAAUACAGCAUAAUAAACAUGUAAAUAAUAACAGUGAACAUUGUACAUGUAAUUUCAAAUGAAUUAACACAAAAACCUCUUUUAGGUUCAGUUUUGAACUUGUUUUGUCGCUUAUGCAGUUUUUUCUUUUUAAUCUGUAGGACGGGGGAUGCAUUAUUUCCAGUUUCAUUAAUCACAUCAUCUGUGUUUCCGGCUGUAAUAUCUCUGAUCUGAUAUUCAGUUGAGCAAACGGCCUCAAUAAACACGCACUGCUCUAAAGGUCACGAUGUCACAGGUCCCCACUCGUCCGUCGUGAAGACAUGUCGUCUGACAGGAGCCAGCUGCUGGUGCUCGGGUGGACACUUCGCCGUUAACUCAAACUCCGACACUAAACCACACAUGAUUUUCUCAGACGCUCGGCUCACAUCCGCAAACUCUGCGACGCUCGACGAUGCACCGGCGCCUCAGCUGCGCUGACCAGCCUCUUCCUCGUGGUGAUUCAUCGCCGCACAUGAACUGUGCGUCGGCGUGUGAGGAGCUGAGCCCGAGGCAGCUCGAGGACGCCGCUCGAGUGCACGACGGUUAAACAGCCCGACACGUUUUCACCAAACUCCACAGGGAAAUUAGGUCCGAUGUUCAGGGUCGUCGGCGAGGGGCACGUUUGAAGAUGGAGCCCGACGGUCCCAUUUCCAGGGUGGAGAGGACCUUCUGGACAGUCUGGUACUAUAUUUCCGGAGCUGUGAACAGAUUCCUCCGACCAGAGCCCACUAACACUGUGGGCAAUGACCAAGACUCCGGCUUCCAGCAAUCAGCAGUUGUCAGUGAGCCUGCUGACACCCACCACCCAGAGGGUGACUCUGGUGGACGGGAUGUUGAUGAGGAACGGCCUCUUGCAAUAGUCUCGUUGCUUAGUUCAUCGCGGCCAAUUGUUGCCUGGGAACUCUGCACCACAGAUGUAGACUUAGGGCCAGAGGAAGAAAGCAUAGAGUAUAACAGCCAGCUGAGUGAAGGCCAUGAGAACAAAGCAUCUGAGGAAGGUGAGAGCAUGAGAGAGGAAAAGUUUGGCCAAACAGGAAAUGAUGAUGCAGGGCUGCUCAUCUUUAAAGUUGCAAGAGCAACAAAAGCUGAAGAAGCAGAAAACGGAGAUCAAAAAUCGUUCACUCAUGGACAAGGUGAGACAGCAGAGAAUUAUGUGUAUAAAGAACACGCAAAAAUGGAGUCCCUAAAUUUUACAGAUAAUGCAAUGAGUGAAGAUAUGGGGGGAAACAGAAGGAAGGCUGGUGCUGAGAAGGAGACAUGGGGGCCAAUGAUACAGGAUGAGCACCAGAAAUUGGAUGAAACGAUGGGAAAGAUCCAAGUAAAGGAAAGAGAUAAAAUGCACCAUGAAGAUGAGCAAGCUUUAGAGGCAGGAAACGCUGAGAUAACAUUGUGCCAGAUGACAGAUUUUAGUUCAGAAGAAGAGCAUAGCAUGCACAGAGAAGAGGCAAGGCUGCACAAGGACGCAGCAGAUACAGCAGUGAUGCAUGAAGACGUAGAAAACACUGAUGGUGUGUCACAGCUGGCCUCAGAAAAUAAAAGCAUUCACAAUGAGGGGGGAAAUCAAGUUCAAAAUCAGCCCUCAGUCUGUGAAGAGCUCUCAGAAAAUGACAGAGAUGUCAAGGGAGGCCUUGACGUCUUUGGGAACCCAGGCCUUACCUCCUUACCCCUUGAUAAUGAAUUAAAGAUGACCUGUGGAAAAAGCGGCAAUGUGUCAGAGGGUGUUGGACAAGAGGUUGUGAUGGCUCAUAGUGAACGCGAUGAAAUUGAGGAUGAGAGCACAUUGGGUGAGAUGGAGCUGGGUGGGGAAGAAAAUGUCAGUGAGGCUGCAGACAACCAGGCAAUAGAUGAAGAGCCGCAGCAAGAAGAAGACAUCAAAACAGUUACAGAAGAAAGUCAAUGUUUUACUGAACAUGUUACUUGCCAUGAAGAAGUUGUGCAGAAUGCUGAAGCAGAGCUCCACACAGAUGAAUUUACAGAUAGAGAAAAAGAGGAUGUGGCCAAGGACACUGAAGUGCAAACCAAACAAAGAGAGACCGAUCUUGUUGAGGGCACAGCGAACAAUGAAAAAUCGAACGUGACAACAACAGACAUUUCAGUAGAGGAGAGAUUUUUUGACAAAGAUCAAGUAGAAGAAGGGAGGUUUUCCAGUGAAGAGGAAGACAACAAAGAAAGUUGCAUUGAAAUAGCUUGUACAGCCACUUCAGUUACAGUAACAUCCCAAGGCGACACUGGACAGGAAAUAAGCGAACAUAUCCCCCCGGGGGUAUUUGAAGUCCAGAUUGUUUCGCAGGAGCUGAAUUUUACAUCAUGUGAGGAAACACAAGAGGGAGUUCCUGAGUACAACAAUGAGCCUGGGCCAGAGGAAAAUACAACACAAAGGUUCCUGGAAGAAGGAAAUCGCAGGGAAAUCAAUGCCACCCAAUUACCAGAAGAGGUGGAGAGCAAAGAGUCUGGGAGCCUUCAAAACACUGGCACUGGAGGUGGCUUUUUACUAGUGAGGGGGCAUAUGGAGGAGGAAGAAGAACGCACAGAAGAUAUUGACAAGGAUCAUAACAGGUUACUGCAACUUACACAUACUGGAGUACCACAAGAGACUGAGAAGCCAAUUGUUGAACCAGCAAUCGAAGGAUCAGAACACUUAUUUGAGGAAGGAGAAGAAACGUUCUUGAACAGCUCAAUGAAGACAGGGGCCGAACACUUUGAAAAGGAAUUUGAGAGACAUGGUUGUGUAACAGAUGAUAAGACGACAAAAGAGCUGCAAGAUGGGACUGAAGAGCUGUUGGUUAACUUUCAAAAAGGUGAAGGGUUAAGUGGAACCAGAGAUGCUGCUGGAGAUGGCCGUGAAACAAUGAGAGCUGCAGCAGCAGAUGAUUUACUGGUCGGAUUCACUGGUGAAACUUUGAAAGUACUUGAGGCUGAAGUACAGAAGGUGACAGAGUCAAGCUUCUUUCAAGAUGCUAGAAACUCUGAGCGAAACAGCAGCAAGACUCCUGUUUUAAAAGAUGUUACCAAAUCUGGAUUGAUGGAACAGCUGGAUGAGACGGAGCCUAAAUUACUUGAAGAUAGCGCUGUACAAAUGCAAGAUGCAAUAGAAGAUGAAAUGCAGAUCAAAAAUGAAAUGGAUACGUUAAAUGUGGAGGUUGCAGGGCCGGCAGCUAUGCUAACCACAGAAAACAACAAAAAUAUGUUGUUUGCAAAAUGUGAAUUAUCUAGACCAGAUGAGUCACUGGAGACACAAGGCCAAUUAUCAGAAGAAGCACUUGAGGUGAGCAGCGAGGAGAAGUUAACAGACUCUGAGGCAGCGAAUGAAUUAAUUACAACCAAGUGCAAACCAGAGGAAGUGACUUUGUUACUAACGGAAAAAAUGGCAAAGCAUGUAACACAAUCAGAGGGGACUUGUGCUGAAAAAUCAAUUAGCUCAGUCGGUGAAUGUCGAGAUGUGAUUGCUGAAGAAAUCCUUGACUCGUGGUUAGAGACAGCAGUGUUAAAGGAUGCGAGUUGCAUGGAACAACAAGAGGGGCCAGAACCUGGACAAGAAAUGGACAAAAAAACAAAGCCAUCAAAUGAGGGACAAGAGGAAAUGCCAUCACUGCACUCAGAGGAGGAGAUGGAGUCUGAUUCGGGAGAAUCUGGAUUAGCGAGUGACACUGAAAUGUCUCCAUCAACAGCAGGGUCUGGAUUAUUGGACCUGUCUGUCAGUGAAUGGGGUAAGGAACACAUUGAAACCCAUCUACUGGAGUCCACUAGCACUGGGUCGUUUCAAGGCAUCUAUGACAUGUCGGUUUGUAUGUCUGAAUCAGCAGACAUCUCCAAAUUUUAUACGCAGCAACCUGACUCUCAGGAUAUAUUGUUGGAGGGAACGGAAGAGAGACGGCGAUCAGAUCUGGCGGAGGAGGAACUGACUGCUGAGAUGGGAUCAUCAGAAGCUGGACAGCUAAAUCUGGAAUCAAAUAAAUCUCAAGAUAAAGCAAGCGAAGAACGAAUUGAAGCAGCAGACACUGAAACUGGACCACAGAUAGAGAUCGAUGCUGGUGUAGCAGCGAGAACUGAAAUGAAGGACACUGGAGGAGCAGAUGCUGGGACUCUGACAAAAAUGAGAGCUCUUUUCAAAGAUGAGAAAAUGAACGUUGCAGAUGUCCUUCUCGGGUUCAAUGUGUCUGACUCUCCAGAUGCAACUAGAAGUGGCUCAGAGGCUUUGUUGACAGAAUCACAAAGUGACACUUGUAUUGAAGCUGAGAAAUUUAUGAAGUUUACCUCGCUGGACAAACAACAGGCCACCACGCGGUGGGAAGAUAUUACUGAAUCAUUAGCUGAGCCAAACAGGACUGAGGUGGCAGGAAGGUGGACAACAAAUUUUGAAGUUGAGGUGGAUGCGUCUGCACUGGACUUCACCGCACAAAGGUCAAGAAUUGCUGUUAAAAACCCUUGUGUAAGGCCACCCAAAGAUCCCCGCUCCCUGCUACAUAUGCCCUCAGUGGACCCCACGCCCUCCCCACGUCUGCCAGUCAGAGUCCCUAAAGGUGUGCCUUUGGGAGGUGUGGGCAUUGGAAUAAAGCUGCCUGGACUUGGGGCAGGUUUCCCUGUUUUAAGAAAGACACAUGUGGUAACAGAAGAAAAAAGCCCAGAAACACCCUUACAGGAACCUGAGACAAAGCCAGAGGAGAAGAGGGACAUACCCAAACAUGACGAGGCACAGCACAGACCAAAGUGGAUGCCACCAAGACAUCCAGGAUUUGGAAAUCCACUCAUGUCUGAGCUGAAGACCAAACUGAAGAAAACCCCAAAAGAGUGAUACAGAUAUGAUAUACAAAUUGCUCUAUUUUUGUUGUAUUUAUAAAACUAAGAUGUCAAUUAUUAUUCUGUUUAUGUUUUGUAAUAAAGCUUAUUAACUGAAAAAAAUUGUACUCGUUCUCAUGCACAAUGCAAAAAGUGGUUAGCCAUGGCUUUGUUCACUGUAGCCUCAAAUGUCAAUCAGUUAUUGUGUAACUUUUUUUAAAGAGAAAAACACUUUUUAAAGGUUAAUGUCAUCUUUAGAGAGCGCAAAAAAACAAACGGAAAGAAACUGUGUGAGCUGUGAUAUUGUAUGAUCAAGGUAAUUUCUACAAUCUUGAAAUGCUGGAGUGAUGAAGCCCAGCAUGCUUCAACAAGAUAUCCUCUAUUUUGUGUUUUGAUUACGGUGGUGCAUAGCACUAUAUACCUUUUGGGUCUUCUCUGACCCUUGAACAAAGAGUCAGAAAAAUAAAAUAAAUGGACUGUAUUUAUAUAA